UCAAACCUGCAGACCCAGCUCAAAGUAGAAACUGAAAGUACACGGCCGGCUGAUCCUACGGAAGUUAUGGGAAAGGCAAAGCGCAGAGCCGGGCCGUGGUGUGUGCCGCCCCCCUUGGGAUGGAUGAAGCAGCAGGCGCGGCGUGGGUGAGAGGAACCAGCGGCAGAGGCCGCCCUAACCCGCACGGACUCCCGGCAACUCCGCGGAAGACCAGGCUCCUGGCAGCGACUAUGGGCGGUGAGAGCUCGCUCCUGCUGCAGUGGCGGUCAUCAUGACCACGCCCGCCUCCCGCAGACCAUGUUCCAUGUUUCUUUUAGGUAUAUCUUUGGAAUUCCUCCCCUGAUCCUCGUUCUGUUGCCAGUAGCAUCAUCUGAUUGUGACAUUGAAGGUAAAGAGGGCAGAGAGUAUCAGCACAUCCUAAUGAUCAGCAUCAACGACUUGGACACCAUGAUAAAAAAUCGUACCAAUUGCCCGAACAAUGAACCUAAAGUUUUAAAAAAACAUGCAUGUGAUGAUAAUAAGGAAGGUAUAUUUUUAUAUCGUGCUGCUCACAAGUUGAAGCAGUUUGUGAAAGUGAAUGACAGUGAGGAUUUCAAUCUCCACUUAUUAAGAGUUUCACAGGGCACAUUACAAUUGUUGAACUGUACCCCCAAGGAAGACAAUAAAUCUGUAAAGGAACAGAGAAAACAGAAGAGCUUGUGUUCCCUAGGGAUACUACUACAAAAAAUAAAAACUUGUUGGAAUAAAAUUUUGAGGGGCUCUAAAGAACAUUGAAAAAUAUGGAGUGGCAAUAUAAAGACAUAUGAACUUCACUUGUAUCCUUCAAGAAUUCAUCUGCUCAUAAUGGGGGGUAGAGGACCCUAGAAGUUACAGAAUGCAUCCUGGUAAAAGCGGAUUAGAGCAAUUGAGAAAUUCAUACCGUAGUACUAGAAGAUGGAUGUAAACAGUGUAAACCAAAUGCUGCAAUCGAUAAACCUCCAUAUGUUUUUGGACAUAUAGCAAUCAGUAUUAAUUCUGUGAUUUUUUGCAAGACAAUCCAAGUAAGGUAUUAAAGGCAAUAAUACUUUUAAAAACUGUUUUAAAAUUCCAGAAGAAGACAUGUAAAAUCUGUGAAGUAUAUAAAGGUUGCAGGAAUUAAAAAUUAACAUUGCUUUAUUAUCCAAAUAAUUUUAUGCACCAGCAUGCUACAAGGAGAGUGGAAAUUGUUGUCUUCUGUGCUGGAAAUGUUUCAGAGUUAACAAAUGUGGGUAAUGCCAAUGAGAGUAAGGGCUAAAGAAGAUACUUCAGUGAGAUUAAGACAUGUAAUUAAACUUGAAUGCAUAAGACAGUGCCUUCAUUAAUGGUAUAACAAAUGUUUUAAGAUGACCAUAAAGAAUGAUUUCACAAAAUAGAAAGUCACAUGUUCUAAGGAUGCCAAACCAUAAUACUGAGUUACUUUUGUCAUUUAUGUGUAAUAAAGUUUUUCUAAAUGAG